GCAGACAGUAAUUUGGUGUUGACAAGACUACAUCGACAAUGGAACUUUCUAAAGACUAUAGACAACUUGCGUACAUUACUGGUGGAUCCCUGACUGGAAUAUUUAUACUAGCCCUUUGCUCGGAAAUAUUUUUAAUCUCUGACGGUUUUGAGAGCCACAAAAAGACCUUCACAUGUCUAGUUAAUUAUCUUGAAAAGCAAAAUGUGACUGAUGAAUAUUUUAAAGCAGCUCAUUCGUAUGAAUAUUCUCUAGAUGAUUGCAAAUCUAUUGUGAAGGAACAAAACGAAACCUUUUUUAUAGAUUUAAAGACGAGAAUGCAUUGUUUUGAUCCGAUAUACAACGCAUCAACUGAUAGAUGUGACAACUUUUCAUUUUGCAAUGAAGACAGAGAAUUGGACGAUGAAUAUAAAGUGGUUUGUGCCAACUUCCAAGCCAGUUUAGAUAAAAAUUCAAUCAAAAAGUCUGUGAACAAAUGUGAAAAAUUGUCAAAAUGUUUCAAUUGCGUUGCUGAAAAGCUCAGAGAAACAAAUUACGAAGAAAUCAAAUUUCACGCACGAGCUAUUAAUUUGACAGUGAUAGAGUUUCAAAUUUGGAAAUACUUCACUAUUGCACCACGGACAAAAGAACUACAAGAGCAAGGACAAAAGCUAGAGGAUUUAAUGACAAAUUUGUGUGUUAAUGAGAAAAAAUGUGAAACCGCUAAAAUGUGCGCAUAAAAGUAACAGAAUUUUAAUUU